AUGUCACUGGAACAAGGAUACAGGCUGCCGCUGGGUGAAUUCGCCGAGUCGAGACUGAACACGAUGAUGGUGAAUCGGUCCCCGCAAAAGGUUGGGAGAAUUGCGCCGCUGAAGAAAGCAGGCGUGCUGGCACCGCCGACGCGGGCGUCAAUUGGGGACACCAACACGAUGCACUCCCCGACCAACAGGAUCCUGCAUGCCAUCACGUCCAGGAGGAGACCGCUGCAUCCUUUGGACCGCAAUAGCGACGCAGGGCAGAGCCAAUUGUCCGCGAAAUCGAGCAAUUACUUGCAAUUCACGGGGACGCUAGCGGAGAAGGCAUCGCCUAAUGGGGAGAAACCGCAGCAGCUCAACGAUUACAGUGCGGUCUCCAAGAAACUGCAAGUGAGAUUGCAAUUUGCAUACUACAAGUUGGUCACAAGCCAAACGGACCUGAAAUUCGCGGACCUGAAGUCAAAGCACUUGAUCAAACAGACACAAUGCGGGCAGCCGCAGAAAGGGCAACAGCGUGCCUCGAAGGGCAGAACACAUAAGAGAAGAAAGCUCGUCGUAUCGCAGGGGAACUACAGAACCCCGGCGAAAUCCAAGAGACCCCAUGGCGACCCGGCGAACAACAAUUUGCAUCACGACACCACCCUCCCUGCUGACGAGCACGACCCGGACUCGACUAUCGUCAAGGACACAAGUUACCUGUCUACUACACUCGCUGAGACCAGCAACGACACAACUCCAAUCAGAAGCCAAAUUGGAGCCAAUUUCCACCAGAGGCAGAGACAGCAGACACCAAUGAGCGUGAAGGCGGCAAAGUCUUUACUCCACCUCUUCACAAGCAGCAGCGGUCAGGGCUAUAACAAGGAACACGCAUUUAACGUGUAG